AAGCGUGUGCCCGGUGUGAUACUGAGUGCUAGACACCUGCAAGGUUUCCUCUCACUUUGGAUUUUAUUCAUAAGAAACAAGAUGUAUUCUUGUUACAGGAUGAAAACAAAUGUAGUGAUCCGACUGGUGUUCCUGCUAACUGUGUGUACCUAUGCUGUAAAAAGUCAGACAGCAACUCCAGUGCUUACACCUGCUGAUUUGCAAGCCAAAAUCACCACCAAUACUGUAAUACUGAAGCAGCCGCACUGUUACUUCAAUGAGACAUGUCCAGAGUGUGAGAUAUGGCUGGUGCCGGCAAUUUCCUCAGCAACCAACACCUUUGAUAUCGACAGGACAAAUAUUGGCAUCCUCAGCUUGUCUCCAUAUCCAUCAGCAUUCGGACCUCAAUUAAAAAACUAUUUUCUGACCAAAGUCGGCCCUCUGUCAGACUUCCCGUGUGAUAAGUCCUCAGACUCUCUUUACUUUGUAGUUGGAUCAGCUGGGAAUUGUACUACCGUCAACUGCAAUGGAAUGUUGCCUAACGGAUCUGUUGUUAGUUUCAAGUAUGUUCUUGUCAAGGGAAGCAGCAUUAUAAAAGAGACAAACUGGUCUGCCAACAUCACUCUUAUCACUCCACAAAACCCUGCAAGCAUUUAUGAUGGUUUUAUUGCAAGAUCUGGUGCCAUGGUUGUUAUUACUACCAUCCUCAGUGUGGCUCUGGCUCUUUUACUCAUUUUCUUCAUCGUGCUCUGUGCAGUCUGUGGUCAGAAGAAGGAGUCUAAGCCCAUCACAGGGAGGAGCUCAAUGCGCAUGCCCCGCUACGACACCCACAACCUGACAGGCCGAGUGCAUCCCUAUGAAAACACUGCUUAUGAACCAGAAAGGAAAAAGUAGCGGAGUAACCUCUGAUGGCAUUGCACUGAACUCCAGAAACUAUGGGCUUACAAAACACCAUCACUGCAUCCCAGAAUCCAGGGCAAGCUAUUACUAUGCAGUAUUUGUAGUAUCACAUUGCAAAAUAAAAAAACAGCACUUUCCUAAAAUCAUCUGAUCCAGAUAACAGUUAACUGAUUCAUGUAUUAUGAUCAGUGGAGAGAAAGUCAUGUGUUUUUAAUAGUUUGAUGAAAAUUGAAAGAAAAUUUGACAUAUUUGUAUAUUGGUUGAUAUUGAAACCAUGAGAAUGUUUCCUGUAGAACGGUCUCUUGUAUGCUGAUAUCUGUAGUCCUAAUAUAUCCAAAUAUGUAUUUGUUAAGUCUUAAUGGUCUUGUUACUUCAGGUUUCAAGAAUAUUUUCAAUACAGUUGCAUUAACCGCACAUUCAAAUUUGGUUCUCUAGAUGGCGAUGUGUACUAGCUCAGAAAAUGGACAGGUCUGAAAUUUGCAGCACAAUAAUACAGUGUGAUAAACUGGACAUACUGCGCAUAUAUUUAAAAAGGCAGAUGUUUACAUUAUAGCUAUAGUUAUAAUAUAAGAUCAUGUCUGUGACAAAAUUGGAAAACAUAUUAAUAGAAAUAUUAUCUCAAUAAAGUAUCAAGACUGUUGUUCUUAGCUGAUCUAUACAAAAUACAUUCAACUCUUUCAAAGAAUUAUAAUGUGGAGUGCACUUGCAUUGAAUUUAAACACAUUUUAUGCAUCUCAAAUAAUAGCAAAAGCCAAGGUUUUAAAAAUCUGUAUCAUCUAGAGAACAAUCAAAUACAGUACAAUCACCCUUAAAGGGAAACUUUUUCAUCAUCUUUUGUUACCCCUGAUGUCAUUCCUAACUAUAUAUAAAUAUAGUUACAAAAAACUAUAUUUUUUUACUAUAUAAAAAAUUAUAUAUA